AAGACUUGCUAUUAAGAAAAAGUAAAGCAUUUCUCCCAAGUAACAUACAUUUCCUUGCUUCCAAGUAAAGCAUUGCUGAAAUGAGUUAAAACGUUCCCUUUUAUUCCCAUUGGCAGAUCAAAUGUAUAAAACAACCCUAUACCCUUUUUUGAACCAUAUCCCACAAAAAUGGAUCAAAUCUUUCUCGGCCUUUGCCACAGGUUGUACAAUUUCAUCACGAAAUAUCUAGCAACAUAUGCCAUGAAAAGUGUAACAUUAGGCGAUGUUUCUCAUCAGGCUUCAGCUCAGUUACCUUCUCCAGGUGCUGAAUCAGCUAUAUCGAGCUCCAUGACCGACCAAGCAACACACCCUGUGGCUGAAGCAACACCAGUUGAAGACUCAAGUUUGCAGGCCAAAGUAGAGCCAGAACCAAUGUAUAAUCAUAGUGAAAGUGGAAUUCCUUCUGCAACAUCUAAUGAAGAGAAAAAUGAGGAUGUUAUUGAAGCAGCAAUGUCUGAAGCUCGACCUCCAAAGAAAAUGGUUAGCAUAAAUGAUACAGUAGAGGAGAUGACUGCAACUGCAAGCAAGAAGAAAAGUAAGAAGAAAAAAAGAGCAGAAAAAAUGGGUUCAUUUGACCAAGAAAUAGAGGAACCAAAACCUUUGAAAUCGAUUCUAAAAGUAGGGUCUAAGAUAGAUUAUGAGAGCAACAGUUUGGGGUCUACCUGAAUUUACCUUGCUGGUAAUGUUCUUUGUAAUGGUUCUUGAUUUGUGAAUAUCAUAUCAUAUCAAUUUGUGAA